AAGGUUUUGUUGGCGGAAUCUAUAAUGAGAGUGGUCGGACUUUUUUUACGAGUCGGAAAAUAGUUUAGACUGAAAUGCGGAUCGAAUGGAACUUGAAGGGAGGUUAUUUUUGAUGUUUCAUAUCCCAAAAUUUUACAGGUCGAUUUUAUUCCCUUACUCCCGAAGCCGUUUACUCGUGCGUUGAAUUACUGAUCCUGCUUACUGGUCGUCAAUACUAACAUAAAUCCAGCACAUUUCUGUCGCUUCAAAACGAGUCGAAAACGCAAUUUCUCCGAUAUGUCCGGCCAUGGAGGAAGUGGGCCUUCUGGUGCAGCCGGUGGCAGCAGUCAACCUCAAGAGACGCUUGAACAAUCACACCCUCUUUUUCAGUUCUGAAGAUUUAGCUACUGCGAUCUUGAAAAACAAAGCCCGGCCAAACCGGCUCUUGGUGGAAGACGCUAUCAAUGAUGAUAACUCCGUCGUUGCGCUUGCACAAGCGAAGAUGGACGAACUUCAACUGUUCCGUGGUGACACAGUAUUGCUUAAGGGCAAGAAACGGAAGUCCGCCGUGUGCAUAGUCCUGUCAGAUGAGACAUGUCCUGCGGAGAAGAUUCGUAUGAAUCGGGUCACUCGGAACAAUCUGAGAGUACGUUUGGGAGAUAUCGUGUCCAUCCAACCCUGUCCGGAUGUGAAGUACGGCAAGAGGGUCCACAUCCUUCCCAUCGAUGACACCGUUGAAGGCCUUACAGGGAGUUUAUUCGAUGUCUACUUGAAACCGUAUUUUUUGGAGGCCUAUCGCCCGAUUCAUAAGGGAGAUAUUUUCAUGGUUCGCGGUGGCAUGCGUGCUGUGGAAUUCAAAGUUGUGGAUCUUGACCCGUCUCCGUACUGCAUCGUAGCCCCGGACACAGUUAUUCAUUGCGAAGGCGAACCCAUUAAGAGAGAAGAAGAAGAGGAAGCUCUGAAUGAGGUCGGAUACGAAGAUAUUGGAGGUUGUCGCAAGCAGCUUGCACAAAUUAAGGAAAUGGUGGAGCUCCCACUCAGACACCCGUCUCUUUUCAAAGCAAUUGGCGUGAAGCCGCCGCGAGGAAUUCUGCUGUAUGGACCGCCAGGGACUGGAAAGACUUUGAUUGCUCGUGCUGUUGCGAAUGAAACUGGCGCGUUCUUCAUCCUCAUCAAUGGUCCUGAAAUCAUGAGCAAAUUAGCUGGAGAGUCCGAAUCCAACCUGCGCAAAGCCUUCGAAGAAGCGGAGAAGAACCCACCGGCCAUCAUCUUCAUCGACGAAUUGGAUGCGAUUGCGCCAAAGCGAGACAAGACGCAUGGAGAAGUUGAGCGCAGGAUCGUGAGCCAGUUGCUCACCUUGAUGGACGGAUUGAAACAGAGAUCUCAUGUGAUAGUGAUGGCCGCCACGAAUCGACCCAAUUCGAUUGAUGCCGCCUUGCGUCGAUUCGGCCGCUUCGAUCGCGAAGUGGACAUCGGCAUCCCGGAUGCAACUGGUCGGCUCGAAGUUCUCCGCAUACAUACCAAAAACAUGAAAUUGGGAGAUGACGUCGAUCUGGAGAUGAUUGCUGCUGAAACACACGGUUACGUCGGUGCCGACUUGGCUGCUCUGUGUUCUGAAGCUGCAUUGCAACAAAUCCGUGAGAAAAUGGACUUGAUCGACUUGGAAGACGAACAAAUCGAUGCAGAGGUUUUGAACUCAUUGGCCGUGUCUAUGGAGAACUUCAGGUUCGCCAUGGGCAAAAGCAGUCCAUCUGCCCUGCGUGAAACAGUUGUGGAGGUGCCCAAUGUUACAUGGACCGAUAUUGGUGGAUUGGACAGUGUCAAGAGAGAGUUGCAGGAGCUUAUCCAGUACCCUGUGGAGCAUCCGGAGAAGUUCCUCAAGUUUGGCAUGAGUCCGAGUCGUGGGGUUUUGUUCUACGGCCCUCCGGGUUGUGGUAAAACGUUACUUGCGAAGGCCAUUGCUAAUGAGUGUCAGGCAAACUUCAUUUCCAUCAAGGGUCCUGAACUUUUGACGAUGUGGUUCGGCGAGUCUGAGGCCAACGUGCGCGACGUUUUCGAUAAGGCUCGUGCAGCAGCGCCGUGUGUGCUUUUCUUCGACGAGUUGGAUUCCAUCGCCAAGUCUCGCGGUGGAAACGUUGGUGAUGCUGGAGGAGCUGCAGACAGAGUGAUCAACCAGAUUCUAACGGAAAUGGAUGGUAUGGGUUCCAAGAAGAACGUUUUCAUUAUCGGAGCCACGAACAGACCUGACAUCAUUGACCCCGCCAUUUUGCGACCUGGCCGUCUGGAUCAGCUGAUCUACAUUCCGUUGCCUGAUGAAAAGUCUCGUAUUUCUGUGCUGAAAGCCAACUUAAGGAAAACUCCUCUUGCCAAGGACGUGGAUUUGAACUUCAUCGCCAAGAUGUCGAACGGAUUCUCUGGUGCAGAUUUGACGGAAAUUUGCCAGAGGGCCUGCAAAUUGGCGAUCCGGGAAUCCAUUGAAGCGGAAAUUCGUAAGGAAAAGGAAAGGAUGCAGAAUCCGUCUGCCAUGGAAAUGGAAGUUGAGGAUGAUCCUGUACCUGAAGUCACGAAACACUAUUUUGAGGAAGCGAUGAAGUUCGCUCGUCGUUCAGUCACGGACAAUGAUAUCCGCCGCUACGAGAUGUUUGCCCAGACUUUGCAGCAAUCUCGCGGUUUUGGCAACUUCAGAUUUCCGGAUAGCGCUAGUUCUCAGGCAGGCGGUGCCGCCGGGCCUGGAGGAGCAGGCGGCUCUAAUUUCCAGGACGAUGAGGACGACUUGUACAACUGAAAGCUUCAGAAAUUGUGAAGAGAGUGAGGGGCUCGAGUGGGAUUCUUGAUAGCUUCAAUUUGUUUUCGCUGGAAAGAAAAGGGGGCAAGAAAGGAUCGAUGAAACGAAAUUCGAGGGGGGGUGAAAAUAAGAUAGGCGUCUCUUGAGAGCGACGUGUGUCUGGAUCGUGUACAUACAGUUAACGUAAUUCCUGGCGAUGGUGAUUUCAGUCUAGACUACGACGGGUUUUCUGUCAUCAGUUUUUUUUUUUUUUUUUU